CCUUCAGCACCACCGCACUUUUGGACAGCACCAGGCGCCCGGACCCGCUCACCUUUACCCUCUGGAUAACUCUUAUUCCCCUUCUUCUUACUAUUAUUAUGUUCGUUUGACUUUAUGGAAACAUUUUGCACUGCUUUGGACGAGUGAAAUUGCAAGCGCUCGAAUUGGAGAGGAACCAGCGGAUACGCGCCGCCACAAACCAAACUGGCUGGAAACCUGUUCUGGCGUCACUGUCAAGCAUCAUCGGCGUUUUUUGGUUCUAGUCGUGGGUUUAACGAACCGCGAAGCUGCUGUCUACGUGGACCGGUGCUGAACUCUCCCGUCCGACCGCCAGGACCAAACCCCGAGACAUGGCCACGAACGGCACCAAAGCCUCCGAUGGACACGUUUUAACAGAAGUGAACGAAGCGCCCACCGCCAACGACAAACCAAAAACUCUGGUGGUCAAAGUUCAGAAGAAGAAGGAACUUCCCGACAGGGAAACAUGGCAGGGAAAAUUUGACUUUCUUCUGUCUUGUGUUGGCUACGCCAUUGGACUCGGCAAUGUCUGGAGAUUUCCUUAUCUAUGCGGGAAAAACGGAGGAGGGGCCUUCUUGAUUCCUUACUUUUUGACCCUUAUAUUUGCUGGGGUCCCGUUGUUUUUUCUGGAAACGGCCCUCGGCCAGUACACGUCCAUUGGUGGGCUUGGAGUGUGGAAACUUGCUCCUAUGUUCAAAGGUGUUGGCCUGGCUGCAGCAGUCCUGUCGUUCUGGCUUAACAUUUACUACAUUGUCAUCAUUGCAUGGGCGAUUUACUAUCUGUAUAACUCAUUCACCACAGAUCUCCCCUGGAAAUCUUGCGACAACCCUUGGAAUACGGACAAAUGCUUCUCCAACUACAGCAUGGCGAACAUCGGGAACAUGACCAGCGCCGUGGUGGAGUUCUGGGAACGUAACAUGCAUCAGCUGACGGACGGCCUGGAGAAGCCGGGAGAGAUCAGACUGCCGUUAGCUAUAACACUGGCCAUCGCCUGGGUCCUGGUCUAUUUUUGCAUCUGGAAGGGCGUAGGAUGGACUGGAAAGGUGGUUUAUUUCUCCGCCACGUACCCCUAUUUCAUGCUCUUUAUCCUGUUCAUCCGUGGAGUGACGCUGCCGGGGGCCAAAGAGGGCAUUUUAUUCUACGUGACGCCUGAGUUCAGCAAACUGAAGGAAUCAGAGGUGUGGCUGGACGCCGCCACGCAGAUCUUCUUCUCGUACGGUUUGGGUCUGGGCUCGCUCAUCGCCCUCGGGAGCUACAACCCCUUCAACAAUAACGUUUACAAAGACUCCAUCAUCGUCUGCUGCAUUAAUUCCUUCACCAGUAUGUUCGCCGGAUUCGUCAUUUUCUCCAUCGUUGGCUUCAUGGCGCACAUCACAAAACGACCCAUCGCAGACGUGGCGGCAUCAGGGCCAGGAUUGGCGUUUCUGGCGUACCCCGAGGCUGUCACUCAGCUGCCGAUCUCUCCGCUCUGGGCUGUGCUGUUCUUCUCUAUGCUGCUCAUGCUGGGCAUUGACAGUCAGUUCUGCACAGUGGAGGGCUUCAUUACGGCUCUGGUGGACGAGUUUCCGCGAGCUCUGCGAGGAAGAAGAGAAAUCUUCAUCGCUGUGGUCUGUCUGGUGUCAUAUUUGAUUGGCCUCUCCAACAUCACACAGGGCGGUCUGUAUGUGUUCAAACUCUUCGACUAUUACUCUGCCAGCGGGAUGUGUCUGCUGUUCCUCGUCUUCUUUGAGUGCGUCUCCAUAUCCUGGUUCUACGGUGUCAAUAAAUUCUAUGGCAACCUGGAGGAGAUGAUCGGAUACAAGCCGUGCAUUUGGUGGAAGCUGUGCUGGGUGGUGUUCACUCCGCUGAUCGUGGCGGGAGUGUUUCUGUUCAGCGCCGUUCAGAUGGUCCCGCUCACCUUGAACAAUUACGUGUUCCCGAAGUGGGGGCAAGGCGUGGGCUGGUGCAUGGCGCUGUCCUCCAUGGUCCUCAUUCCCGGAUACAUGGGCUACAUGUUCCUCACCCUCAAGGGCUCGUAUAAAGAGCGCCUUCGGAUAAUGAUUCAGCCCACGGCGGCGGCAGUCCGGACUCAAGAGAACGGGCCCGAACAACAACCCGAAAACCCGACUCCAGCCAACGACGAGGCCUACAUCUAACCGUACUCCAGCAAGAGCCAAUAAAAGCGUAAUCACGGUUGAUCACAACCAAGGACUUCCAUGUCUAAAGUAUAUCCACCUACCUCCGAGGGAAAAACCAACCUGAUUACAGUUUGACUCGUUUUGGUACAUGGUCCAAAAAAAAAAAAAA